GGUACUUUCCAUACAACCGAAGCCUUAAAGUAUGGAACAAAAAUGGUAGGUGGAGUAAACCCGAGGAAGAAGGGCACAACAUGGACCAGUUAUGAUAAUAAAUACACCUUACCUGUUUUUGGUACAAUUCUUGAAGCAAAAGAAAACACGAAUUGUUAUGCAUCCGUUUUAUAUGUCCCCCCAGAGCAUGCAAAGAGUGCAAUGAUUGAAUCAAUUGAAGCUGAAAUUCCAUUAAUUGUAUGUAUAACUGAAGGAAUAUGCCAGCAUGAUAUGCUUGAAGUAAAAUCUUGUUUAAAAAUGUCAAAGAAGACCACUUUGAUUGGUCCCAAUUGUCCUGGAAUCAUAAAACCGGGUGAAUGCAAAAUCGGCAUAAUGCCAUCACAUAUUCAUAAAAAAGGGUGUGUUGGUAUAGUAAGUCGAAGUGGUACCUUAACAUAUGAAGGAGUUAAUCAAACAACUAAAGUUGGUUUAGGUCAAUCAACAUGUAUAGGUAUAGGUGGGGAUCCAUUUCAUGGUACGAAUUUUAUAGACUGCAUUAAAUUGUUUUUAGAAGAUGACCAAACACAAUGUAUUUUAUUAAUUGGAGAGAUUGGUGGAGAUUCGGAAGAACAAGUAGCUCAAUGGUUAAUACAAAAUAAUGUAGAUAAUGGUAAAAGGAAAAAAAAACCUGUUUUCGCAUUUAUUGCUGGUAAAUGUGCACCACCAGGAAAAAGGAUGGGACAUGCUGGUGCUUUAAUUAGUGGUGGCAAAGGAACAGCAGAUGGAAAAAUAGAGGCCUUACAAAAUGCAGGUGUUCAUGUUAUAUUAAAUCCCACAAAGAUGGGUGAAGAUAUAUAUGCAGUCAUGCAAACAUUGAAAUGA